AUGUAUCAAUUUAAAGAUUCAUAUAAAAACCUCAAUUACGAUAAACAGACUAUCGAAGUUCCUGGGACACGAAUUUUAAGACAUCAACUCACACCUGAUGCUUUAAUUUCUCGACCAUGGCCAGAAGUGGGAACUAUCUACGAAGCAUUUCAAUAUUCAUUGAAACGGUAUCCUGCCCGACCACUUCUUGGACAUCGCCCAUUCGAUAAAUCGACCAAAAAGUAUGGCGAUUAUGUAUGGCAAACUUAUUCUCAAAUCAAUGAACGUGUAAAUAAUCUUGGAAGUGGAAUUUGCUUCGUUCUUGAGAAAGAAUUUGGGUUCAAAAAGAUUGUUGGCUCUACUUUGGGUGUUUGGUCUCUUAAUCGUCCUGAGUUUCAUAUUGUCAACCAAGUUGCUGCUGCGCUUAACUUAAAAACUGUUCCACUUUACGAAACACUCGGUCCGAACAUAGUGAAAUACUGUGUGAAUCAUGCAGAAAUUCAUACGAUAGUUUUAUCAGCAAAUCACAUUCGUGGUUUAUUCCAAAUACGAUCAGAAAUUCCAACCUUAAAAUGUUUAAUCUCGAUGGAUCCUCUAGAGGACAUAAAGUUAAAGAAUGAGGCCAAAAAAUAUAAUUUGACUCUUUAUGAAAUCGACGAAGUUGAAUCCAUAGGCCGAGAACAUCCAUAUCCGCACAAUCCACCUAAGCCAAAAGAUUGCGCAACGAUUAUGUACACUUCUGGAACAACAGGUCCUCCAAAGGGAACCAUAUUGACGCAUGAGAAUUUCGUUGCGUCGAUGGCCUGUUUCAUAUUAGCAUUCCGAAUGACUCAAGAUGAUGUGGUAAUUUCUUAUUUGCCAUUGCCACAUAUAUUUGGUCGAGCCUUGGAAGAAGUCAUGGUUGCUGCUGGUGGAAGUAUUGGUUAUUUCCAUGGAGAUCCAAAUGAAUUACUUCUGGACAGCCAAGUUUUAAAGCCGACUGUGUUCCCAGGUGUUCCAAGGAUAUGGAAUAAAGUUUAUCAGUCAUUAGCCGCUGCAACAAUCGAAGCACCUGGUAAAGUAGGUGAACUAUUGAGGAUGGCUGUAGCUGAAAAACUAAAAAAUCUUGAAGAAACGGGUGAACUGAAACACCCUGUCUGGGACGAGAAAUAUUUUAAAAAGUGUCGAAUGGCAAUUGGAGGGCAAGUUCGAUUGCUUAUAACUGGUGCAGCACCAAUUGGCAUAGAUGUAUUGCAAUUUCUAAGAAUCGCUUUUUCCGCUAUAUUUGUCGAAGGCUAUGGCCAAACAGAAAAUGCUGCUGCUACCACCAUGACACUUUACGGAGAUAAUAAGGCGGGUAGUGUUGGUACACCUCACAUAAGUUCCGAAAUUAAGCUUAUUGAUGUACCCGAGAUGCAAUACACUAGCAAAGAUAAGCCAUAUCCACGUGGUGAAUUAUGUGCGAGAGGACCUAAUGUUAUGUUUGGUUACUAUAAAGACGAGAAAAAGACAAGAGCAGCGAUCGAUGAGGAAGGAUGGCUUCACAGUGGCGACAUUUGUCAAAUAGAUGAUCGAGGAUGCAUUGUAAUCGUAGAUCGGAUAAAACAUAUUUUUAAAUUGUCUAAUGGAGAAUACAUUGCUCCGGAAAAAAUCGAGCAAAUAUAUCUUCAAGUCCCUUUAAUAGCCCAAUUUUAUGUGCAUGGAGAUUCAUUGAGAAAAUCUCUUGUUGGUAUAAUAGUGCCAAACCCAGAGUUGUUCAUUCCAUGGGCUCAAAAAGCUGUUGGUGGUGGAGAAAAUAAACAUUUACAAGAACUCUCAAGUAAUAAGCAGGUUCAGAAAGCUCUUGUACUUCAUCUGAAUCAGGUUGGUAAACAAGCAGGAUUAAAUGGAUUCGAACAAGUUAAGGCUAUUUAUAUUGACACUGUUCCUUUCUCUGUCGAAAAUGAUUUGUUGACACCAACUUUUAAGAAUAAACGUCAAAAAAUUUGGGGAAAAUAUCGCAAAGAAAUUGAUCGAUUGUAUGCUGAGCUUAAAGAAAAUGAUGGAGCUAAACUGUAA